GGGCAUUGUGGGAGGAGGUCGUCUCCGCUUUCUCCUCCCUCCCCGCCCCUCCCGGCCAAGAUGUCGGACAUGGAGGAUGAUUUCAUGUGCGACGACGAGGAGGACUACGACCUGGAAUACUCUGAAGACAGUAAUUCAGAGCCAAAUGUGGAUUUGGAAAAUCAGUACUAUAAUUCCAAAGCAUUAAAAGAGGAUGACCCAAAAGCAGCAUUGAGCAGUUUCCAAAAGGUGUUGGAACUUGAAGGUGAAAAAGGAGAAUGGGGAUUUAAAGCACUGAAACAAAUGAUUAAGAUUAACUUCAAGUUGACAAACUUUCCAGAAAUGAUGAACAGAUAUAAGCAACUAUUGACCUAUAUUCGGAGUGCAGUCACAAGAAAUUAUUCAGAAAAGUCCAUUAAUUCUAUACUCGAUUAUAUCUCCACUUCUAAGCAGAAUUCUGAUUUUUUAUGUCAGAUGGAUUUACUGCAGGAAUUCUAUGAAACAACACUGGAAGCUUUGAAAGAUGCUAAGAAUGAUAGACUGUGGUUUAAGACAAACACAAAGCUUGGGAAACUGUAUUUAGAACGAGAGGAGUACGGAAAGCUUCAAAAAAUUUUACGCCAAUUACAUCAGUCCUGCCAGACUGAUGAUGGAGAAGAUGAUCUGAAAAAAGGUACACAGUUACUAGAAAUAUAUGCUUUGGAAAUUCAGAUGUACACAGCACAGAAAAAUAACAAAAAACUUAAAGCACUCUAUGAACAGUCACUUCACAUCAAGUCUGCCAUUCCUCAUCCACUAAUCAUGGGAGUCAUUAGAGAAUGUGGUGGUAAAAUGCACUUGAGAGAAGGUGAAUUUGAAAAGGCACACACUGAUUUUUUUGAAGCCUUCAAGAAUUAUGAUGAGUCUGGAAGUCCACGACGAACCACUUGCUUAAAAUAUUUGGUCUUAGCAAAUAUGUUAAUGAAAUCUGGAAUAAAUCCUUUUGACUCACAGGAGGCCAAGCCGUACAAAAAUGAUCCAGAAAUUUUAGCAAUGACAAAUUUAGUAAGUGCCUAUCAGAAUAAUGACAUCACUGAAUUUGAAAAAAUUCUAAAAACAAAUCACAGCAACAUCAUGGAUGACCCUUUCAUACGUGAACACAUUGAAGAGCUUUUGCGAAACAUCAGAACACAAGUGCUCAUAAAAUUAAUUAAACCUUACACAAGAAUUCAUAUUCCUUUUAUUUCUAAGGAAUUAAACAUAGAUGUAGCUGAUGUGGAGAGCUUGCUGGUGCAGUGCAUAUUGGAUAACACUAUUCAUGGCAGAAUUGAUCAAGUCAACCAACUCCUUGAACUGGAUCAUCAGAAGAGGGGCGGUGCCCGGUAUACUGCACUAGAUAAAUGGACCAACCAACUAAAUUCUCUCAACCAGGCUGUAGUCAGCAAACUGGCCUAACAGAGAACAAGCUUUUACAGACGUACUUAAGGCAACAGUGCAGAGAUGUAAUCCUUUAAAGAACUGGGAAUGGCAAAACUACUGUCGGUUGAUGUGUCCUGAAAAUUAUUGGAGUUAUGGCAGAAGUGCUUUUUUUGAUCAACUGGUUUGUGUUUUGCUGCUGCAUUUAUCCCAAGAAAAACAGCUUUAAUCUCCAGAAGAAAACCAAAAUGCCAUGGGAUUUAUGCAUAUUGACAUCUUGCCCUAAACAUACAACAUCAUAGUAAUUUGUCAUGGGCAACAUGACCAGAGAGAAGAUUUUUGUCAUGAUUUUAAAUACACUGACACGCUACUGUUGGUUAAAAUUAAACAUGUUUUACCUGCAGAAAUUCUCUCAAAAAUAACCUGCAAUAACUUGAAAUGCAUAUUCUUUUGAACAUUUCCUUUUCUCAUGUAUAAAUUAAAAUGUUUGCUGCAUUUUGCAAAAUGUCAAUUCUCCAAAAAUGUGUCCGUAUAUUUCUGUACCUGCAGUGUAGUAAAGGUUUAGAAGAAACCCCAUAAUUAUAGUGGCAUACUGUCACUUAGGUUUCAAGCAGCAAAAUAAACAGUGCAGCUCAGAAAUUGUAGUUUGGUUCUUGAUGUGUUUUAUUACAUUUUAGACUUUUGUUAUUUAGUACCAUAGAAGUUUCUAAUUAUUUUAUCUUCAGUUAAUGCUUUUACAAAGCCUGGGAGCAGAUAAAUUAUUUGCUUUCAAGUCUUAAAAAGUAGUCUUUAUUGCUAUAGAGAGGAUAACUAGUUUCUAGCAAAACACUUGCAUAAUACUUUGACAGUGAUGCUCUAAAGGAAUAAGAUUCUUCAUUUGUUGUUGGGGUUCUUUUCUUUUUAGGAAUGAUAUUCCUUUUUAAAAGAAAAAAAUUCUAACUCUCCGAAUGUUCACUUUAAACAAAUAUGACAGAACGUAGACAGCUAAAUGAAUGUUGCCCUAUGGUGAUCAUGCUGGAAGAUUAUUUCACAAUUACAGCAGUCUGCCAGUGCUCAAAACCCUUUUCUCUAUUUUAGAAUUGCAUUUAGAGCUAAAUUGAGUCACAAAUACUAUUGAUUACAGAUUUUUUUUUAAUAUUACGCAGCUUGUUUUAUGGCUAUCAUUUGGUACCAAAUGACUUAUGACAGUGUCCCCAAAUUAAAUGUUGUUGGGGUAAUGAUAAAAAGUAUGCAUCUGGUUUUGAAGGCAAUCUCAACAAGUAUUUUGAGUAGUGGUAGCCUAGUCAGAAUGCGCUGCAUCCUUCCAAGAUCACACAGCUCAUUUGAAUGUAUUGAGUUUGGGGUGUGUUUGUUUCAUUUUUUAUUAAAGUUCACAUUAUUUUAUAACAUCAAAAGGAAAGAAUUUAAGAUUAAGAUUAUUUCAUUUUUCUAUUGCUUGUUAUUAUGUUAAAAAGUGAGUGACAGUUCAGAAGGAAAACUCUUGGAACUGAAGAAUGACAGCCAAUAAUUUUUGAUCACUAAAUCAGAUUUUAUAAACAGAGGAAGGAGCAUGGACUUUUAAAAAAAAAGGCAUGCUUAAUCGGUUUUAUUGAAAUUUACGAAAAUAUGUGCUAUAUAUUUAUACUAAAACUACAUAAUCCUUAGAUUUAGGAGAGCAAUCAUUUACUGUCUUUAGCAGAUUAAAGCAAUAGUAAAACAGAUACAGGUUGAAAAUUGUAGAAAAACGGAAAGAAAACAAAAGACAAUGUCUCUGGUAGGGAAUAAAGUUUAAGACUUUAUAAAAUUAUGUGUAUUUUCUUCUCUUUUACAUAAAUCUUUUGUGAAAAGCGUGCUAAAUUUUUUUUUACAGGAGUGAUAAGCUAGGAUUUAUUUUUCAGUAUUAUUUUGAGACCCUUUGUUAUUCAAAUAAAAAUGACAAAUUUCUGUGCCUGUAUUCAAAUAUGUAUGCAUGUGAUAACUGGAAAGCCCUCCUUAACUCUUAUUUGCUGGCAUUGAAAUUCCAAGGAUUUGAAUGAUGUGAACCUUUAAUCCUCCAGCUCAUACCUAUGAUACCUUUGUUGUGUGCAAUAGUGCAUCUUUAGUUUCUAGAGAGAAUGUACACUUGUUAUUCUUUGGGAAAUAAGGCUAAGUAUAUAACAGUGUACAAAGUCUUUAAUAUGAUUGUGUAUGUGUCACAUAGGCUUUGUCUAAUAUUCUCAAGAUCUGUUCUAUAAUUUGCCACAUUUGUUCUAGAAAAUAUUUUGACAUAGCCAACAGUCUCACUAACUUGAAACAAUAUUGCCCUUUAAAAAUUACGUUUUUGUACACUGUCUUGUUAGUUGAAAUUGUGGAUUGGUUAUCAAAAAAUAACUAAAUUUAAGGGAUUUUAAAAAUUGGCAGAUUCUUAGCAUUUACAUUACUGGCUAAAUCUGUUUGUGAAAACUGUAACAACAGUUUACAUCAAACUGUAAUGUGUUCGAUGUGUUUAUCUCUUUUUCCUUUUUACCCCUAAAGUUGGAUAAACUCACUCCUUGGCAAACGUUGACUGCCACAAUGGUGUCUGUUGCAAAAGCUGAAUUUCCAUUCCUCAUUAUAGCUUUUACAUUUAAUUUUAAAGCUAAUUAAAGUUUUUUUCUCCACGUCUUUAUGUAAAUAACAACUUUUAAAGCAAAGUAAAUAUAUAUGUAUAAAUAGUGUUUUUAUUA